AUGUUGCCGCAUACCUUUUCCGGUUUGUGCGCUUCCUCGCCCUGGGGAAGUAUUGCUGACGAGUUUGAGAAUAGAGCCCGUAUGCAUUGCGGUAAUUGGCGGGACUGGAAUUUCGGCUUUGAAAGCUGAAGGAUUUACCGUACUGUGAUUCCGGUUUCUAAUCCUCCAAAUUCACCCCCGGGAAAACUAACACCCCGCUUAGGCUGUUGCAAGCCUUCAUAUACAGACACCCUACGGCACCCCCAGCAGCCCUAUCGCGAUCCUCAAAACGCCGCAAAAUACUCCCAUCGCAUUCCUCUCGCGCCAUGGCCUCCACCACGAACUCACUCCGACGGAGGUUCCCAGCCGCGCCAACAUCGCCGCUCUCCGGUCCAUCGGUGUCCGCUCCAUCAUCGCGUUCUCCGCUGUCGGCAGCUUGCAGGAACACAUUCGCCCUCGCGACUUUAUCAUCCCCUCACAGAUCAUUGACCGGACGAAGGGAAUUAGAGCGAGCACCUUUUUUGAGGGCGGGUUGGUAGGGCACGUGGGCUUUGCUGAUCCGUUUGAUGCGGGGCUGGCUAAGGUUGUGUUUGAUAUCGGGAGCGAUGGGGUGCUGAACGGGGAGGGGGUGAAGAUGCAUAAAGAUGGGUUGUUGGUUUGUAUGGGUAUGAUCCUCGGAAGCGGUGGGAUGGCAUGGCGAGGUUCUAACGGUUGGGGGAGGUGAUUAGAGGGUCCACAAUUCAGCACCCGCGCCGAAAGUAAUCUGUAUAGAUCCUGGGGUGGGGACGUCAUUAAUAUGUCUGCACUUCCGGAAGCAAAACUUGCGAGGGAGGCGGAAAUCGCUUAUGUUAUGGUUUGCAUGUCUACCGAUUAUGACUGCUGGAGUAUUCAGUCCUUCUCCGCUCUCCCACAUCAUCCGCUAAUGGUAUCUUGAUAAGAAACCGACGAAGCCGCCGUAACAGUCGAGACAGUUAUGGGCAACAUGCACGCCAACAGCGCCAACGCAAAGCACCUCGCCGCAGCUAUACUCAAGGAAUUGGCGAAGGAGGAGCACCGGAACCUUGUUGAGGCAAAGCACUUGGAUGGGUUGUCGAAGUGGGCAUGUUGUACCGAGUCUGCCGGAAGAAGCUCCGAGGCGGUGAAGAAGAUGGAGUUUAUGCUGCCGGGGUAUUUUAGUUAGAGAUUCUUUUUAGAGACUCCGUUAGGAUAGCCAUAAAGUUUAGAGAUUAGACAUGGGAUACAUAGGAGGAAGGGAGAGGGGAGGAGAGAGUCGGGAGAAGUAUGUGUGUCGAGGUUGAUCAACCUUAUCAGGAAAGUUAUGGAUACCAUUUGGGUCUUCCUAUAUACCUUUCCCCUGCUUCAGGAAUGUGUUUUAUUACUCUCAAUACUACCAUACCCUAGCACAGGCUGUAUCGCGGUGGUAUUGGGGUCCAUUCAAUCUGCAGGGCAAUUGAAAUAAUCAAAUCUAUUAAAUUC